CUCAUUUUGUGGAUGAUGGCAUGUUCAAAAGCUCUAUAAGUAGCCUGUGAUUCCGUGGUGAAGGCAAACUGUUGCUGGCUGAUUCAGGAAACAGAUCAUUCUGUAUCAGUUUUCAGAUCUGCAUCAUCUCAUCACCUCAUCAUGAAGCUGCUGGCUGUGUGUGUCCUGGUUUUCUCUGUGAUGGCUCAGACCAGAGCUGACCCUAUUCCAGAUGAUGGCUCCACUGAUCCAGAAGUUGUUGUGGUCCAUGAAUCUUCUUGUCCUACCGGCUGGACUCUGAUCAACAAUCGCUGCUUCCACUUUGUUGCCAGAACCAUGACUUGGGCUGGAGCUGAGAGACACUGUCUGUCCAUGGGAGCAAACCUGGCAUCAGUUCAUGACACGAGCGAGUACCAUCAGGUUCAGUCUGUGAUAACUACGGCAAGUUACGGGUCUGGAAAAACAUGGAUUGGAGGCACUAACGCACAGGAGCUGGCCAUUUGGUUGUGGAGCGAUGGACGCCCUUUCAUCUACACAAACUGGUGUCAUGGACAGCCUGAUAAUACUGCAGGCAGGCAGCGCUGUUUGUUGAUGAACUUUUCAGAUGAAAAGUGCUGGGAUGAUGACACCUGUUCUGUCCAUUUUCCUUUUAUCUGCGCCAAGAAAGUCUGAUGAUUCAGAUGUUAAAACAGAAUCCAGUGGAGGACUGGUGUUGUGUGUUUCUGUUAACCUCAUAGAUAUCCAAAAAUCUCUUUUUGAUUCAAUUUCUCUUUACUGAAAUGAGGCCACAAAUAAACAGCAGGUGGACUUUUUCUCUUUAAUUAAAGAGUAUCAUUUAAGCAAAACACUUUCCUGUUUUCCUUGGCCUUCCAAAAAAUAAACCUUUGAUGCAUUAAAAA